CUAAUUUUUUAUCAGUAUUUUGUGAAUUCUGUUAUAACUAACUAACUUACGGAUCUCAAACCAAAAUGUCAAAACUGUCUCUUUUGCCAUUCUUUGUGCUAUCAAUACUUAAUCAGUUGGCCGGUGGAGUUGAAUUCAGUUUAAAUGAUCCUGUCUAUGACACAUUUAUGUCAAGAUUUGCAAGCAGAAUUACUGACGUUGAAAUGGGUUCAAACUACCGUAGCAUGGAGGGAUGGAAAAACUUUUUAAAACCAAUGUUCGAGUAUCCCAAAUGCGAUCGAGUCGCUGUGCCCUCAAGUGUCAAUGCUGGAAGGAGUUUAAGUUUUAGCGAAGUUACAACUGAUUCGGUAAAAUAUAGUUGGUUUAUUACAAUGUUUGAUAAAUCGGGCUUGCCUGAUGUUGAAAGUAAAGCGAAAAAAGUUCUUGGUGCUAAAAUCUAUUGCCUCCCACGAGAAAUUAAGAAGAAUUUAGAAGAUUUGAGCAAAUUACGUCAUGAAAUUCGAAAUUAUCACAGUACUAUUUAUAGUGCUUUAUUUAUUGAGCCAGCAUUUCGUGAUAUACCUGACUUUGGAAAAGCUCUUCAGCAAUUCUCGGGAAAAAAGAUGAAAAAGAAUCGUGCAACACAGAUUUAUAAAGAAGCAGAAAAUAUAAAAAAUAUAUACGAUGAUUUAACCAAAAGAUUGGAUGAAAAAAUGCAGGACAUACCAAUGAAAAGACAUGCGUAUUUAGAACUAAUUGUUCCGACUGUUAACAGAUUAAAAGCAGCUGAAAAAAUAGAAACUGAAGCGGUUAAAGUAAAUGAGGUGAUCAAUGUCGUAGACGAAUUGAAAGAAAAAUUAGAAGAAUUGAGAAACGUGCUUGAAGAGGCUUCUUCCAUUGCGUUUGAGUUGAGCGUUCAACGACCCAAGUGGGCGGAAGCUUUGCUGGGUGAAUCUGUAGCUCCAAAAGGAUGGAAACUCAAGCUAUGUUGUGGAAUACCCUCGACAAGUUGAAAUCAAGAACCGCGAAAAUUUGAAUAAUCAGUUAUAACGUUUGUUAAAUUUAUCCAAACGAAAGUAGUUUGUCAAUGUUAUAAUGUCAAGUUAUAGUUUGCAUUGGUUCAAAAUAAAUUCAUGCCAUGUAACAAUAAAAA